AUGAGUGCGAACUCGGUAUGCGCCAAUUGUGUCAUCCCCUGGCAUCGUCAACCGAAUGCUGAUGGUGUGUUUCAGAGUCGAGAUGCGGACAAGGCACAGGGUUAUAUCAUUGCUCUGGAUAACGCGCGGAGCGAAGACAAAUGGAGUGAAGUCCCCGAAUUGGUUCGCAAGGUAACCAAGCAUGCUUCCCAUCGGAAAUGCCUUAUCCAAACAGCGAAUGCAGAAAUACAAGUUGUCGCUCAUAUUACAAAGACUCUACCGGCCACAGCCAAGGGCCAAAGCACGCCAAACCAUAUAACCAAUCUCUCCGAGUUAAUACCUGAACUCAUUGCAGCCAUCGAAGCCGCAGACGGAACGCCGCAAGAUAUAUUCCAGGCCCAAGUCUGCUUGGGAUGGAUUCACUGGACAUUAUCAGAACCUGGACUAGCAGUGGUUCGGCUGCCCAAGGAGUUCGAUGAUACCACCAUUGCUUCUCUUUCGGAAGGGGAGAGAGGGCUUACCAAAUGGACGGAAGUGUGCAUAGUCAAGGCGGGCUAUAUAAAGAGCGCCGCUCAAGCUUUGAUAUCCAACUCAGAUGCAGCUCUUCAGACCGCCUCUACCGUGCUACCGCGACUUGCCAUACCUAAUCCUGUGUUGGUUUCUUGUCCUCAGGCCCUUCAUUGGUCAGAACUGUUCCUUUCCAGGGUGGCAAUGCUCGCAAGUGAGGAGGUGUUAUCUAAUGAUGGGGAAGACAAUGACUUCGCGAUCGAAACGGCGUUAAAAGCAUUUAGACUGUGGUCGGGACACCCCCAUACCAAAGGCCGAGAUAUUGCAGCUUCCCAAAGGAACACUCAAAACAGUUCAUCGCAACUUGCAGAGUCUCAGUUGUCUAUUUGGAUGACUUACUACAAAAUUUUGUCUCUGAUAUUGCAAUACGGUCUUUCAUACUUCCCGCUGUCUUCGGGAUCCCCUCGCAGGCAACUAGCCACAGAGAUCCGGCGUGUGGAAUCCGUGUGCGAGUCUGUAUUACUACGCGAAACAAAAUUUCCAUUGGCAAGUGACAGCAAUCCUCAAGUGGAGGCAUGGACGGAAGAUAUCAUCAGUAACUGGGAAGUCCUGUGCGGACCAAGCUGGCGAAAUGAUGAUCUCGGGGAAGGAGGCCAAGAUGCCAUCAGCCGUAACGUCUUAGAUAUACUCUAUCGAGCGUCAACAAAAACCUAUCAUUCACAUUCCAUCUUGCGGCGCCUAUUUCACGUGCAUGCUGCGCUAGCAGAGUUUGACCUUGCUAUGAAGGCACUUGACACAUAUGUUGAAAUUGUGGUAAGCGCAAAGGACAGAGCAGAAAAGGCAGCUGAAAUUGGACAUUUGGAAAGCGACGCAACUUUACUACAGACCGUUUCGGAGGGCGUGCUUCUACUAUGUUGCUUUGGAUCCGAAGAAGAGGCUCGAAAGGCCAGGGAUCUCAUUGCGAUCUUGGAGAAGUAUAUCGAAAAAGAUAUUGCUGAUAAUCUCAGUUUGGCCGACAAUAAAGAGGAAAGUGCGUCUCGUGUACCUUCGCAAAUCAUUGCGUUGGCUUACAGAGCCAUUGGCAUUGGCUUGGGUAACUGGUCGAGGUGGACUCCCAAAACCGAAGCUCGAGACGAUAUACGAGCAGAGGCUAUUGAAAACUUGGAAAGGAGUAUUGCUCCUGAAUUUGAAUCAGAAUAUGACCUUUCAACCAGGUAUGCCCUGGCGCUUUUGCUCGCCGAAUCUCGUGAUCUAGAUGGCGCAAUCAGCCAGGUGAAGGCAGCGCUCACUCCCAGAGACGGGUCAGCACUUUCAGGUUCCGGCAUUCCUGAGCUACAUCAGUCGGAAGAACGAGAUAAGAUUCCACUCUGGCAUCUUUUAGCACUGCUGCUUAGUGCGAAGCAGGAAUUUGAUAUCGCCGGUCGCACUUGCGAAGCUGCAUUUGACCAACUCCCUUCAUCAGUAACUAUACCAGGUCAUAAUGAGCGCCGCAACAACCGUGAAAGUAACAGAAAGACAGCUGACCUAUUGGAAAAGAAGAAAGAUUUCAUACAGCAAUUGCAAGGCCGUGAAAAGGAACGCAUCAUUGAGACACGCAUGACACAACUUGCCCUCCUUGAGAUCACGGAUGGGCCAGAGGUUGCUGUGAACCAUAGUGAUAACUUGCUAGCAUUAUUUGCGACGUUAUUUGAAGAUCUGGAACUCGACAUUACCAAGGAAAAAGCCUCACAGGUGCAACAACAACAACAUCUCGGGCCUCCGAAAAGCUCUGCGGGUACCGUGAAGAGUUUCCGGGGAAGCAUUUUUGGAAGAAAGAGAGGAUCAAAAAUACCAGACCGAUCGUCCAAUCCUGCAGAACCAGUUCCACCUUUACCUGAUGCAGCAUCUGCUAUUGUCAGUCCAGACGCUCCAGUCAUUAGAGUGACACCUGAGGCUGUCAAUAAGACUAGACAAGGCCAGCAACAAGAGUCUCAGCCGGAGAAGGAGAACGGAUUCAUUAAUGAUCUAGAUGCUUCUCAGAAUGAGAAAGACGACAUGGAACCAGAAGCGAUAGGUAUCGCUAUAUCCGAACCUCAAUUAUCACCAACCUCGCCUACAAACCCCAAAGAAAGCGCCAAGCAGUCUUUACCCGCAGUCGCUCAUAACUUGAAUCAUAAACACGAACCCCGUCCGGCUGGUCACACAGAUCAAUCACCAGAGCAGGAUGUGCGCUUACCAACUCCUCAUCGUUUCAGCUCUCCCACGAAAUCUCUCACGAAAUUCCCCGUUCUCCAAGCACAGAAACAUGCUAUCUCACUGCUCGUCAAAGUAUGGCUUCUAAUUUCAGGCAUGUACCGCCGAGCUUCACUUUUCGACGAUGCCCUUGAAGCCUGCGAAGAAGCAUCGAAACAGGUCGCAGCCUUCGAAGCGCUUGUAGCUGCUGAGGAAUCUUCUGCUCGCGCAUUUGUCAGCCCAGUAUGGGGUGUGGCUAAAAGUACCGAAGAGCUGUGGGCAGAUGUGCAUGCGGAGAAGGGAGCGCUUUCAGAGGCACAAUCUCAGAUACACGAAGCAAUGCAGUACUACGAAGAAGCUGUCUCUUGCUUUCCCGACCACCCUAAAGCAACAAUUGCGUUAUCAAACUUGCUCCUUGAUGCCUGGGAAGAGAAGAUUCCAUUGGAGCCCGUGGAGCCUCGACUUGAUAGUGACAUUGUUGACUCAUCAACUGACGUGUCCACGUCGCUUAACUGCAAUUCCGAGAUAUUGCCAGAUAAGGCUGUGACCAGGACGUCCCAAGAGUCCAAACCUACGCCGAAAACGUCAAACAAUAGUGAUGAACCAGAGUAUCUAAGUCGACUAGCCGCCCGAGACCGAGCUUAUGGUCUCGUCUCCAUGUUGACGAAAACAGGAGCCGCGUGGGAUAAUUCCGAAGCCUGGUACACAUUGUCUCGUGCCUAUGAAGCGGGCUCACAGAUAGAAAAGGCCAAGGAGAUUUUGUGGUGGUGUAUUGAACUUGAGGAUCGAAAACCCAUUAGACAUUGGUGGAAUUUGGGUGCUGGAGGCUACGUCCUUUGAAACAAAAAGUGUAGCGUUUGUACAUAUAGCGUAAUCUUAAAUAAUUUUUCAGGUAAUAUAAAGGCGAACUUUGAAUACGUACUU